GUUAUAUGUCGCUAGAAUUCCUUGAUAAUAUCUCUCUCUUAAAUAAUGAGCCUAUUCCGUUCAAUGUGCGGCGGUCAUCAUCAUCAAAAAUAUCCGACUAUACAGACAUGUCAAUAGACGCCGCUUCACCAGACUCUACUCGAGUUCCUGCUAAACGACCAAACAAGCCUCAUGUUCCUAGCGCAUGCAUCAACUGCAAAAAAGCUCACCUGGCCUGCGAUCUCAGUAGACCAUGUAAUCGAUGUAUUACUAUGAACAAAGUUGACACUUGUCAUGACGUCCAGCAAAAAAAAAGAGGCAGACCAAAGCUCCGCGACAAGGAAGCUCAAAUCACUGCGACCAGCUCAUCGUCGCCGUCGAUACUAUCCUCCAUGAAAUCCAUUCAUGUUAGCCUUGGUUCCAAAUCAAGCUUUUCAAUGACGAAGCCGGCAAAUGUUAUUAACGAUGCGAACCAAGCGACGACGGUCAUCACUAUGUUCCUAUCAAUGGAAGUAUGUUGUUCACGUGCUUCAGAUGAAGUUUUUGAAUUACUAGGCUACUACCCACAAGAGAUGGCUCAUCGACCGCUGUAUGGUUUUAUUGCUGUAGACGAUGGUGAACGGCUGGCACGCAUUCAUCGUCUGCUGUUGGAUAAUAUCAGUGAUGUUGGCAACAAAAUUAACCCUUCUCAACAACGAGCGCCAUUACCACCGACUGAACGUACCUCUUCAGACGAUUUUUUCCAAUACUCACCAGAACAAAUGACUAUCAUAGCGAACGGGUCACAGACGUUCUCAGAGAUACUGCAUUUAAAAAAGGACAGUGGAGAUACCGAACCAUAUCGAGCCCAGUUUUACCUUGGCGGUGGAUGGGGAGCCGACCUGUUUAAACCCUCUACCCUUGCAAAAUUGUAUAUCGUAGCGACCUUCAGUCGGCUUGAAAACAAAAUCACCUCGAUGGACUCGACUUCCCAUUCAAGACGAAUAUCGAUGGCUCCAGCAAAACAUACCCCGCCUACCAGUCCACCACUCGUAUCGAAUCAACCAUCGAAUACCGGACAGAUACUGCUAGCCCCAGCUAUUGCACCGCAUCCACAAACAUCCACGAUGCAAUCGCAACUUCAUCCACAAUUGCCAUCACAAAUGCAUGAUAACACUAUGUCUAACUCCAAAAAUAAGACGACUAGCCAUCCCAGUCCAAAGGACGAUUCAGCCAGUCGAGGAUCUUUGUCCGCCUCUUCUCCCCACCAUUCGCCCAAUUUAACUCAAGUGGAUGAAAUAUCCUUUGAUGAGUUGGAUGAAGCGUCAGAACUAAGUGAAACUACAGAGCUAGUCAUGUCGGAAGACUUAGUGGACGAAUCAAAUAUCUCCACCACACCCAUAUCCCAACCUGAAUCCAUCACACCCACUCCAGCAAAGACAACUUCACCGAAAUUCCAUACAUCAUCCAGUAGUACGCCAACAUUCUCGCCUUGGCCAGUGACAUUUCCUCAAGUUCAUUCAGCUACCCGAACGUCUGUUAACCCUUACUCCAUCGUCUCCGCACGGUAUAACCGACCUUUGCCUAUGAACGUCCACGUUGCACCGUUCACCCACCCGCAUGAUGCUUACUAUAUGCAAAUGAGUUCCAGUCUACUGAAUAGUGAGGCAGCACACCAGAACAGGUUCAAUCGACGCCUGGGAUCCCUCGUCGACAUGAAAGCACACGAUGCUGUGGCAGGAUCAGAAAUGGAAGCUAGAGAUUUGACUCCUACACCUGGUUCAUCGGUGAAUGGCGUCAAAAACAGUCAGCAAAUGAGCGUCGAUGCCUUGUUAUCUUAGUAUAACUUUUUUUUAUACCUUGAGCUAGAAUUGUACAUUUCCUUAUACUCGCGCGACAUUCCUCUCCUAUUGAAUUCGACUUGUUCUCUGCUAUCAUUUUGAUUUUUAAAACUGUUAUUUUUCCUUCACAUGCGUGGCUACUUGUAAGUUGCUGGGAAAUUUUGGGCUGGUCAUCCAAUCU